UCUUAGGAAUGUUGAAUUCGAUAGAGAUGAAUCAAUUUUGGAAAGAUUCUUAGAUAUCAUCCUGGAUUAUAUAUAAUAAGUAUACAGCUCUAGGUUUAUGUUUCCAAGUCACAACAAAGAAAAACAUGGCUAGAGUGUUUUUACUUGUGAUUCUGUGCUUCACCGCACUGCUAAGCUCGAGCUUAUGUUUUGGACAUGCUAAUGCCAAUGGUCGUGGAGAUCAAGCACUGGCUAAGAUUAACAUUUACUAAACCAGUCUUGCUUUGGACACUUCUGUCAAGAUUCACGCUUCCCCUCAAGUUCUUGGUUCCCAGGGUGAAGAUAUUGAAUGGGUACAUGUUGCUGUCUCCAACCCCAAGCCCGCUUCAAACGAUUGGAUUGGAGUUUUCUCUCCAGCUAAUUUCGACUCGGGUAACUGUUGGCCAACAAAUGGUGGCAAAGAGAAAACUCCUUACAUAUGCUCAGCUCCCAUCAAGUACUUGUAUUGUAACUCUCAUCCGGAGUAUAUGAAGUCAGGGAAUGUGACUUUCAAGUUGCAGAUGAUAAAUCAGAGAGCUGAUAUCUCUUUUGCACUGUUUACCAAUGAUGUUAAAAUGCCACAUCUUCUCGGGCAAUCCAAUCCUGUAGCUUUCGUCAAUCCUAAAGCACCUGUCUACCCGCGUCUUGCAUUAACCAAGAAUUGGGAUGAAAUGACCGUGAAAUGGACGAGUGGGUACAACAUAAAUGAGGCUGUUCCUUUCGUUGAAUGGAGUGCAAAGGGACUUCCGAGUAAGAGAUCGCCAGCUGGAACAAUUACCUUCAACAGAAACAGCUUAUGUGGUAAUCCUGCUCGUGGCGUUGGUUGGCGUGAUCCUGGUUUCUUCCAUACUGCUUUCUUGAAAGAACUCUGGCAAAACCAGGAGUGCCAAUUUUAGUUUCAUAACUGUUAGUUAACUCUCAAUCCUUUGGUUUCCAGAUACACAUAUAGGCUAGGCCAUGACUUGGUCAAUGGUUCGACGAUUUGGAGCAAGAAUUACACCUUCGUGUCUUCUCCUUACCCUGGACAAGACUCGUUACAACGGGUCAUAAUAUUCGGUGACAUGGGGAAGGGUGAGCGAGAUGGGUCUAAUGAGUACAAUGAUUACCAACCUGGUUCCCUCAAUACAACAGACCAACUCAUCAAGGACUUGAAGAACAUUGACAUUGUUUUCCACAUUGGAGAUCUCACUUAUUCCAAUGGCUACCUCUCCCAGUGGGAUCAGUUCACAUCUCAAAUCGAGCCCAUCGCUUCUACUGUCCCCUACAUGGUCGGGAGUGGCAACCACGAGCGUGAUUGGCCAGACACUGGAUCCUUCUAUGCCCGGACAGACUCUGGAGGAGAGUGUGGUGUUCCUGCAGAGACCAUGUUCUACUUUCCUGCUGAGAACCGAGCUAAAUUCUGGUACAGAGCGGAUUACGGGAUGUUCCGCUUCUGUAUAGCAGACACUGAACACGAUUGGAGAGAAGGCACAGAGCAAUACCAAUUCAUCGAGCGUUGCCUUGCCUCUGUAGACAGAAAGACUCAGCCUUGGCUCAUUUUUAUGGCUCAUCGUGUCCUUGGUUAUUCCACCAAUGAUUGGUAUGGCCAAGAAGGAACCUUUGAAGAGCCUAUGGGAAGAGAAAGCCUACAGAAACUGUGGCAGAAGUACAAAGUGGACCUUGCUUUCUACGGCCAUGUCCAUAACUAUGAGCGAAGCUGCCCCAUUUACGAGAGCCAAUGUGUGAACAACGAUAAGGAUCACUACUCAGGGACCUUCAAAGGAACUAUCCACGUUGUUGUGGGUGGUGCAGGAAGUCACUUGUCUCCCUUUAGCUCACUGGUACCCAAAUGGAGUUUGGUCAGAGACUAUGACUUUGGGUUUGUGAAGUUGACUGCUUCUGAUCACUCAUCGCUUCUCUUUGAGUACAAGAAGAGCAGCACUGGCCAAGUGUACGACUCCUUCAAUAUCUCUAGAGAUUACAGAGAUGUUUUGGCUUGCACUCACGAUAGCUGCGAGCCCACCACAUCAGCUGGAUGAUCUUUCUUCUGUUUACAUCGUUUUCCUUCGAAACAAUUAGCUUCUUAGCUUUUUUAUUAUUUAAUAGGGCUUUACUCAAAUUUUUUGGACAAUAUUUGUUGAUUUCUUCAAUUGCAGGGUUUUACUUUUA